AUGCGUGUUGAAUUCAGCAAUGAUAUGUAUGGAAACUGCCAUUUCACUCCUGUAGAUUUAACUCGAUGGGCUUUGUCACUGUUUCGUUAUGAUCUUGUUCAUGAAGCUUUUUCCACAGAGAGAUCUCCAGAUGGUUUGUUAAGAGCGUGGACUUAUGAAGCUUGUCGCAUAUUUUCUGAUAGGCUUAUGAAUUACGAAUCAAAAGAAAAAUUCAACCACAUUAUUUCUAGCAUUCUGCGAAAAGAAUGGGGAGCACCUGACAUCAGUUCAUUAAAUGACAUUUAUUAUGUGGCUGGAAGUAGCAUACCAUCUGAUAUGAACCGGACGUUUGGAAAAUGUUUAGAAAAGUUUUCUGCAGAAGACUGGAUGUCACUUGUCCAGAAGAAUAUCAAGGCUUUCAGUCAUGAAGUUCGAGAACUUGAUAUUGUAGUUUUCCAAGAAGUAUUAGAUAACAUGGCCAAGGUAGAUAGAAUUCUUUCUCAGCCAAAUGGCUCAUUAUUAUUAGUUGGAAAAAAUGGAUCUGGUCGACGGCUAGCUGUGUCUGUUGUUGCUCAUUCACAUCAAAUGCCAAUCCUUUCUCCUAAACCUCAUCUCAAUUAUGGAGUGAAACAAUUUUGUAAUGAUUUAAAACAAGUUAUGCAAAUAAGUGGCAUAGAAGGCAGAGAUGUUUUAUUUCUUUUGGAAGACUACCAGAUUCUUAAUGAUGAGUUCUUAGAAUUAAUAGACAGUGUCCUUUCUUCAGGAGAUGUACCAGGACUUUAUUCUUCCCAAGAAUUAGAACCUCUUCUAAAUCCUCUAAAAGAUUUAGCUGCCCAAGAAGGAUUUCGAGGCUCUACUGCAGCCUUUUUUGCUCAGCGUGUUAGAAAAUAUCUUCAUAUAGCUUUAAUUAUGGAUUUUACUGAUUCAAAAUUCGUAUUCCAUUGCAAGAGUAAUCCUGCUUUGUAUAAGUCAUGCAAUGUGUUGUGGUUAGAUGAGUGGAGUCAAGAAAGCAUGCAAAAGGUUCCAAAGCUUCUUCUGUCUAGUAAAGAUGAUAAAAAGUCUGACCUUGAUGAAGAAUUUUAUGAAAGUUUUGCUAAAAUCCAUCAGAAAAGUAAUAAGAAAAAUCGGUCACCUAGGAAAUUCAUUGCAUUUAUUCAAAAUUAUAAGAAAAUUUUCUCAAGGAAAUGUGCAGAAAUUGAAAUGCGGAAGAAACAUCUUCAGGCUGGUGUAUCAAAAUUGAAUGAAGCUCGCUCACUUGUUGAUAAACUAAAUUCAGAAGCAAUGGAACAAAGUGCUCUUCUUGAAGAAAAACAGGCGGAAGCUGAUGAAGCACUAAGACUUAUCACAACCAGUAUGUCUAAUACUGGAGAACAGAAAAUUGAGUUGGAGAAAUUGAAAACAAAGAUAGAAGAAGAAAACAUAAAAUUAUCUAAACGUAAGAAAGAUAUUGAUUUAGAGUUGAAAGAAAUAGAACCUAUUGUUCAAGAAGCUAAGUCUGCUGUUGGAAACAUUAAAUCAGAAGCUUUAUCUGAAAUACGAUCCUUGCGAGCUCCUCCUGAUGUAAUUAGAGACAUUCUUGAAGGAGUUUUACGUCUAAUGGGUAUUUUUGAUACAUCAUGGGUUAGCAUGAAAAGUUUUCUGUCAAAAAGAGGUGUCAAAGAAGAAAUUUUAGCUUUUGAUGCACGCAAUAUAUCCCCGGAAAUUAGAGAAAGUGUUGAAAAAUUAUUGAAAAAAAAUGCAGAAUCAUUUGAUUCAAAGAAUGCGAAAAGAGCUUCAGCCGCUGCUGCACCACUAGCAUCCUGGGUAAAAGCAAAUGUUAUAUAUUCACGAGUUUUGGAAAAAAUCAAGCCGUUAGAAAAGGAACAAGCAAAGCUUAAACAUAAUUUGGCUGCAACAGAAAAGCGAAUAACAAAACUCAGUUCUGCUCUUGUGGAUGUAGAAGAAGAAGUAUCUGUAUUACGUGAUAGGCUGAAUAAAUUUACUAAAGAAGCUGCUCAGAUUGAAAUUAAUUUAAAAAAAGCUAAUGAGACAAUAGCUUCUGCUGAAACUUUAGUCAGCAAACUUGAUGAUGAAUAUCAAAGGUGGACACUACAGCUACAGGAAAUUGAUCAACAGUUAAAUGAAUUACCUCUGAAAGCCCUUCUAGCUGCUGCUUUCAUUACUUAUUUAUGUGGAGAGCCUGAAGAUAAGCGUUCCUCUGUUGUAUUAACGUGGUGCAAUGAAUUUGGAGUGGAUAAAUUUUCUUUGGAUCAAACAUUGAGCACAGAACGUGAACAAUUGAUUUGGAGAAAUGAAGGCUUGCCUUCAGAUGCUCUGUCUAUUGAAAAUGCUAUUUGUAUUUUGCAGAACAUUCUUGUGCCUUUCUUAGUAGAUCCUUCCGGCCAAGCCACAAAUUGGCUUAAAUCUAAUAUGACUAAUUCUCAGCUAGAAGUUGUAAACCAUCAUGAUACUAAUUUGUUGACAUCCUUGGAAAUGGCUGUGAGAUUUGGUAAAACACUUCUAGUGCAAGAUGUUGACAGUAUACACCCUGUGUUAUAUCCAUUAUUGCGGCGUGAUUUGAUAAACCAAGGUCCCAGAUAUAUAGUUCAGAUUGGAGAGAAAACAGUGGAUUAUAAUCCUCACUUCAAGCUGUUUCUCGUAACCAAAUACUCAGAAAUAGAACUGUCUCCGAAUUUUUUUGCUGUUGUCUCAACUGUAAAUUUCAGUACAACUAAAGCAGGACUUACUGGCCAGCUUUUGGCCACUGUUCUUCAGCGAGAGAAACCUGAAUUAGAAUUAAGGCGUACAGAACUUUUACGUAAAGAAGAAGAAAUGAAGCUUCAGAUGACCCAAUUAGAAGAGUCCUUACUUCAGGAACUGGCAACUGCUAGAGGAAAUGUAUUGGAAAAUGAAGAACUGGUUGCUUCUCUUAAUAAAACUAAAAGCAAUAGCAUUGAGAUUUCAGCAGGACUGAAAGAAUCUCAUGAUUUACAGUUAUCCCUUGAAGAGGAAAGGAGAAUGUAUCUUCCCCUUGCAGAAUUUGGUAGUACUUUAUUUUUCUUUAUGAGAGAGCUUCGUAAGCUCAAUACCAUGUAUUGCUUCAGCCUUACUUCCUUUUUUAAAAUGUUCCAUUUAGCCUUGGAAACAACUACGGUAAUUAUUAUUAUUUUAAUGGUCUUUUGGAAAGCAACGUUUCCUCAUUUAUUCAGUGUCCUUCAUCUCUCUGAUGGAAAAUUGUGGAGAAAAUUUGCAAAAAGUAGUCACUGUGAACUGGAAAUACCAUCUACUGUUACUUCUAAGAUAAGCAUUUUUCAGCAACUUCUUCUUGUACAAGCCCUUCGACCAGAUCGUCUGUAUAGUGCUAGUGCACUUUUUGCUAGUAGAGUUCUUGGUCUUAAAGAGUUAUUUUCUCAAGCAGUGAAUUUGAAGAGCAUCUUAAGUACGUCAAACACAGAGCCCAUUCUAAUAAUUAUAUCUGCUGGAGUAGAUCCAUCACAAGAACUAUUUGAGUUAGCAUCAUCAACUGUUGGUUCUGACAAUUAUGUUCAGGUGUCAAUGGGACAAGGACAAAUGGAAAUUGCAAUACAGUAUUUACAAUCAUGUGCCAGAGAAGGGCAUUGGUUAUGCUUGAAAAAUCUACAUUUAGUUACUCAUUGGCUGCCAACUUUACUUAAGGAAUUGUCAGUUAUCAAACCAUCACCUGAUUUUCGAUUGUGGCUGACAUCUGAAGUUCAUCCUAAUUUUUCAACAGUUCUCCUUGAAAUGUGUACCAAAAUCACAUAUGAGGCUCCUCCUGGUAUUAAACGGAAUAUGUUACGAACUUAUGAUUCAUGGCCUUCUUCUUUCAUAUCAAAGAGAGGGAAUGCUCUUCGAGCCAAAGCCUUGUUUGUACUAUCUUGGUUCCAUGCAGUUAUUCAAGAGCGGAGAACUUACAUCCCACAGGGCUGGACCAAAUUUUAUGAGUUCAGUUCUGCAGAUCUACGGGUUGCAGCUGAUAUUAUUGAUCGAGUGUGCUUAAAUUCUGAUCGCAGUACGCAGUGGGAAUACAUUCAUGGACUUUUUGAAACAGCAGUAUAUGGAGGGAGAAUAGAUGAUGCCUUUGAUUUAAGAGUUUUAUCUUCAUAUCUUAAAGAAUUCUUUGACAAUAAAAUAAUGACUGCAGGCAGUCGGAAACUUUUAGGUGGGAUUAUAUCUGUUCCAGCAUCCGUAGAUUAUAAGGAACACAUGCAUGCAAUACGCACAUUACCAGACACUGAUAAUUCGGAAUUCUUUGGUUUGCCAGAAAAUAUUGAAAGGUCAGCACAAUGUACUUCAAGUCGCAGGAUGAUAGAUCAGUUGAAACGACUUCUGAGACAAACUGAGAUAGCCGAUAAAUUUGAUGUUCUUCGUUGGAAUGUUGAACUGUCUCCAAUUCUAGUUCUUUGGAAAAAGCUUAAUCAGGGUUCUCAAAUUAUCCAUUUGCAAUUGACACCACCACAAUUCAACAAAGAGAUGGAAGAAGAACCACCAGUGCUGUCCUUCAUUCGACUGGAGUAUUAUUCAGGUGUUCGACUUGUGCAUAAUGUGCAUUCAUCUCUUGCAUCCAUUAGUAAAGUUAUUCGAGGUGCUAUACUCUUAACUGAUGAUAUCCACACUUUGGCUACAUCUCUUUUGAAACAUGAGACACCUAAUGCAUGGCAAAACAGAUGGGAAGGUCCAGAGGAUCCACUUGCUUAUCUGCGUGGAGCAAUGCGCAGGGCUUUAGCAAUUCAGACUUGGUUACCUAAAGCAGAAACUGGACGGCUGCUUGAUGAAAGCAUUGACCUGUCACAUCUCUUUCAUCCAGAUACAUUCUUAAAUGCUCUUAGACAACAAACAGCAAGGAAUUGUAAGGUAUCAAUGGACAAUUUAAAAUUUGUGUGCAGCUGGAAAGGAAAAAUUCCUAAUGCUAAUUUAAGCAUCACCAUAACUGGAAUCUACUUAGAAGGAUGUUUGUUUGAUGGACAUCAGCUCUCCGAUUGCCAUCACGAUUCACCAGUUGUUUCAUUGGUGCCACCUUUCACUGCUGCUUGGAUUCCAAAGGAUUCACCAGCACCAUACAGAGAGGAUGAAGUCUUAUCACUGCCAAUUUAUUUCACAUCAGAUCGAGAAAGAAUAGUUACUUGCAUUCAUCUUCCAUGUGGAGGAAAUCAUGACCACUGGAUACAAUCAGGAACUGCCUUAUUUCUUAAGAACAACUAAUCAAAUGAAGCUUAUUGUACUGCAUUCUAGUCAGAUGUAUUUAUUAAUAAAAAUAUUUAUUUUUGAAAAAUUAUAUUAUUGAAAAAUAAAAUUUUUUGUCUUCCA